AGCAUCCACCCAGGUGAAGAGACUUUAAAAGAAGAAACACUUACUUACACAGAAAAACAAACAGUUAAUUAAACAGAAGUUAAUUCACAGAUUUUUUAUUUAAAUACAGAGUUUUUUUAUCCUAAUCAUGUGGACGAGGUUCAUGCUGUUCACCUUCUGCUUACUUGUGGAUGUCCAGGGUCAAGAGAGAGCCUCGUUUCACAGGACAGAUGACCGCCACGGCCGUUGCCAGUACACCUUCACUGUGGACAGCCCAGUGGAGCCCAGCUGUCCCAGUACCAUGGAGGCAGAAAACCUGAGCGCUCGUGUCAUGCUGCUGGAGGCAGUGGUGAGCCGUGUGCUAGGGGCUGAGGCAGCACCGGAGACGGCAAGGACACCGGCUGAGAUGGAGGAGAUCAGACAGCUUCUUCUGGACAAAGGUCAGCUGGACAGGCAAGUGAAGGAGCUCCAGAGACAAGUAGAGGAGCUCACGAUAGAGACAGAGAAGCUCAGAGAGAAACCCUGUUCACUGCCUCCUGACUCAGAGGACAGCUUCAGCACUAACAGAGGCAGCGGUCCUGCUGUGUCCGGAAAAUUCCAAGAGAUGAAGGCUGAGGUGUCUGAAGUUUCAGUUCCUCCUAAAGUCCAGGAGAACCUUAAGGACAAUGCAGGCUGUGGGGAGCUUGUUUCUGUCGGUGAGCCUGAGACCCAUCAGAAGGCCAACAGCAUCACAGGAAAAUAUGGGAUGUGGUUCCAGGACCCAGAGUCUCCAGGAGCUCCGUAUGGGCCAGACACGGUGUGGCGCAUAGACACUGUGAGCAGUGAAGUACGAGAACUGUACGCCUAUGAAAACCUGGAGCAGCUCGCCCGUGGCUACCCCACAAAGGUCCUGCUUUUACCCGAGUCAAUGGAGAGUACCGGGGCCACCGUGUACCAUGGAUCGCUUUACUACCAACACAAACAGAGCCCCACGCUGCUGCGUUAUGACCUUGCUGCUGAGAACAUCGUGGCCCGGAGAGAGCUGCCACACCCAGGAUUCCAUGGCCAGUAUCCUUAUUCCUGGGGUGGCUACACCGACAUCGACCUGGCUGUGGACGAGAAGGGACUGUGGGCCAUUUACAGCACAGAAAAGGCUCGUGGAGCCAUCAUUAUCUCACAGCUGGAUCCUGAAAACUUGAGAGUGAUCAGAAGCUGGGAGACCAACAUCCAGAAGAACAAAGUGGCGAACGCUUUCAUGGUGUGUGGAAGACUGUACACGGUGGCAAGUUACAGAGCUAACAACACCACUAUUAACUUAACUUUUGACACAGCUAGCGGGCAGAGCAAAGCGGUGGACAUGCCGUUUCGUAACCGUUACGGCUACAACAGCAUGAUCGACUAUAAUGCUGCAAGAAGAAAGCUGUACUCCUGGGACAACUUCCACAUGGUCACCUACGAUGUGAAACUCGCCAAAACCAGCAGCUCACCCUAAUAGAGAUGUUUUCGGUUUUGUUCUUCAGCAGGGGGGAAAACAACCCAACUCUUAUAACAUUGUGUAACUUAGCGGCAUUUUCUGGUAAAUACAGUGAUAACAUAAGCGCUUCCAAAACUUCUACUGGUGCCUCCUUCAUUCCACCAUGAUAAUCCUUCAUGAAAAUGAUCCAGCAUCUUAACGAAAGUGGUAUGUUCUCUAAAUGUGCUUAGAAAAAAUCGGUGAAUAAAGACAGAGGUGGAUUUCAGAUAAAGGAAUCCCACAGGGAACUUCACAUGGAAGUGUAUUUUGUUGAUGUUAACAACCUGUAUAAGUGCGUUAAAUGCACCUCUGUAUCUAAAUAAAUAAACCUAUAAUUUUAAAAUAAAGAAAAUUAAAUAUAUGCAUUAGAAUAAUUAAUUAAUAAAUAAUAAAAGACAAAUAUAUAGAUUUAGAAAUAAAUGAAACAUUUUCAUUUGAAAAACAUUUAAGCAUCUGAUGAACAUCUGAACUAAGGGAAAUUUAUGUUAAUGAAUAACAAUUUAAAAUAUUAACGACAACCAUAAAUGUAUAUACAAAUUUAUAUAUUUAAUGAAAUUGGAAAUGUGCAAAACAUUGAGCAGAAAGCAAGGAUUUUGCUGUAAAUUGAUGUGUUACCAAGAAAAUUGACCAAAUAACAAGGAGAGGAGACGUCAUGAAAUACAGGAGAACAAAAGGCAAAUUAUGAUAAUAAUCCUUUACCUGCACUUACUGUAGGACUCUUUACCUGCCUCAUACAUGCAUCA